CCAAAAUUGGAAAUAGAUUCUCCCAACCAGUUCAAUUGCAAGCGCGUACAGACUGGGCGACAGCGCACUUGCGUUACUAGAUUGUAGUCGAAGAUCGGGCGAUCGGGCACUGAUAGGCCUUAGGCCACUGUGGAGGUUCCUCUCAAGGAAAAGGUGGAAACCGAGUAACAAUUGAAUGAGAGGCCUCAACCGGCAUUUCUACACGCGGGCCAGCCUCUAUCAUGCAUUUACAAUGAAUGGCUGAUCUUUGUUCUAACCGGCAGCCUUGACAUCUGGCUUGCCACUGUGAAGUGGUGGACUGCCCUCACCUAAGUCUCUCCUCGUCAGCGCAUUACUCCUACUAGCUUCACUUCAGGACAAUUUCAUCGCUGCACACCAUCAUUUUUCAACCCUCGUCAGCAGGAGCAGUGUCGCUUCCUUGAUGGCACCCCCAGAACCAACACUCACGCAACAAGCCGACGUCACAGCAGAGGAUGAUAGGAAUGUUUUCCUAGCUUGCCUCAAAGAAUUUAAGGAGCUCGGCCAGAAGCUAGAUCGCAUCAUCACCUCAGCUGAACGUCAGAAGCCCGAUCACAUCAGUGCCUCAGCUGAACCAGUGAGCGAUAUUGCUCAUCCAUCGCAUUCUAGCCCGGGAAAUGAGGACAUCGAGGAUAUCCAGUUUGAGGGAUUUCAGCGCGGGAUGGCGAAGCUCAGCAGAGUUGUGACACACAUCGCUGACACUGUCAGGAAUCUCAAAUCCGCGUAUCAUCUGAUUCGAAUAUCGGAAGAAUUUCGCUCUCGCUUGGCAUUGGUUUUCCGUAUUCUGCCCCUCAUUGCUUCUCCAUCAUCAAGUGCCAAACUGAAGGAGCAGUGGCUUGAUCGGCCAUCGUCCUCCUUACCCAUGCAGUAUUGGACGCCAGCGCAAGUCAUCCGCGAGAGUAUUUAUCUUGAUGAGACUAUCACUAGUACUCCCGAUCGAAAAACUCUCUCUACGGGACUUCAGAAGCUUGGCCAAGGAGUUGAUGUCUUCAAUGCUGCUCUGAAAGGCCUUCCUGGGUUUCAUGAUAUUCCAAGGUAUAACGCAAAGGAGAUUGACCUCUCAUUGCAAAAUUUCGCUCAAGAUCUGAAAUAUUGGGGUCGUAACUUGAACAACUUCCAUGGAGAAACACUUUUGCACCACGUUCGGGCACACGUCGCCAUCAUUCCGGGAAAAAUAGCAGAUCACCUAGUUGGGGUCACAGGCGCUCUUGAGACAUUCAUUCACUUGGGUUUGCCGAUUGUAUUACGUUCUGAACGGGAUUCAACAUUUCAAAAUUUGUCAACAGUCGCAGCACUCUUUGCGAGUGUAUCCGCAACGACCAUUCAAUUCAGCUACACACAAGCGGGUACGGGGAUCGAACAGGCAGUCAACGUCCUCUGGAUCGUCUCGCUUGUUUUUGCCAUUGCGAGUGCCAUCAACAGUCAACUGAGUUAUCAAUGGACCUCAGUUGUAUUCUCGACUCCGAUGUCGGCGCUCUCAUGGUGGGGAUCCCUGUGGAUUCGCCGGAUGCCUCUCAUCUUUCUUAUUCUAUCCGUAAUAUCGUUCUCCGUGGGCAUUGUGUGCUUCACAUUCUCUAAUUUUGCGAGUCACCCAAUCAUCCCAGUCUGUGUUACGGUUGCUUCAGUAAUCUCGGCAGCAGCACUGUUCUACGUCGGACUCUGGUUCAUUGUAGAGUAUCUUGCAUUUGGGAGCAGAAAGAAGACAGGGGACGAACUUGAUUAUUUGUCCGGUUCAGCAUGGGAUUUGGUGAGCAAUUGGGUUCUGAAAGUUCUUCGAAGGGCCUAUCGCUCAGCUGCACUGUGGUACUUUACAUAUGAAGAGUGGUUCCUCCCGAUAUUCUGUAUCGCUGUCUUGCCUAUAACUUUACUCGUCAUCUUCUGUCUUUUUCUUUGCGCGAAAUUCCACGAAGAGAUCGACGAAAUAUGGGGAGAUGUCUGUGAUUGGUUUCGGCGGAUUAAGAAUCUCGCACAACGUUGGUGCCAACAACGCUUAACCACACGCCCUUCCAUUCUCCCUACGACGUCCAAUACCCCAGCCAGGCGAAUUGUGAUGGAGACGCGAGAAGAUGAUGACCAACCGCCGUCCAAUGUUGGAGGUAAUGAUGCUGAGGCACAUGCGAUCUCUCAGUUCAAAUUAGGUAUCAGGGCGAUCCACCAGAACUUGGAACUAGGCGAGGGUCCCUCAAAUCCAACUACUCCCAUCCAGAAAUUUCGUAAUGCUGCGAUGAGGGUAAUUAUGGCAAAACGUCAUGCUAGGGCAGAACUCAGAAAGAAGAUGGAGUCAAUGGGACCAGCACUGAAGAUUUUAUCACCCGUUCAGUCAUCACGGGAGCAUACGACGAUGAUCCAUGACAUUAAUUUUCAUUACAAUGGCCGUUGCCUUGUUACUUUUUCGAGGGAAGAUGACAAUAUAUUAUUCUGGGAAUUGGACCAAAUGGAAGUGAUGGUUAUUGACCGAGUGGAUAUGCGGCGGCACGGAUUUAGUCCUGCCCAGGAGUUGAUCGGAACCUGGUCCCAGUCUCGGGAUCACAUGAGAGCGUUGAGAGUGACAUUACUGAGAGAGAAUCGAGUAUUGAUCAUUGGUGGACUGGGGUGGCGGCUUUGGCGGCUUCGGCGUCUUCGGAAGCUGGGUACUAUAAAGCACAUCAACUGGGUUCCCGAGAUCUCGAGACUCGUUCCUUGGGUUGGUCUUGACUACGCACUAGAGGAUGCGGUUCUCACCCCGGAUGGAACGAAGUUAUUGGGAAUAGCUACAUUGGGUUCAACGGCCGACAAAAAUCAUCUUAAGCCAUCAAGAUCCCCUCCAGAAUGUCGAAUCAUCAUCUGCGAUGCCUGGGAGGAUGAGAUUGAUUUCGAAAUUCCGACUUUCGACCCCAUACGGAGGAUGAGCUUAUCUUACUCAGGCAAGCGUUUGCUUGUUAUGUCCGAUGGCAGUACGCCACCUCGCCUGUUCCGAGUUUACCCUACCUGGCUUGUCCCAUUGCACACAUUUGACCUUCCAGAUGCAGAUGGGAAGUACCCUAUCUAUGGCCAGUUUGGGAUUCGGAGCCCUGCCCCCGUGGCAGGUGAGUCCGAGGAAGAUCAAAUCAUCACUUGCGCUAACAAAGUCAGUGGGGUGACUUUCGGCUGUGAGCGCUUGGAGGCCUACAGCUAUCUGAAGGUGGCUGCUGCAUGCACCGAUGGAACUGUCAUCAUGUGGGGCUCGAAUGAAACUACUGGAGGAACCAUCGAAGAAGUUAUUGAAGGGGCGGAUGGAGUUGUCGACGAAGAUAUUAUUACGGAGGUUUAAAUUGCAUGCAAAUCCCUCCGUUAUGGCCUUCCGACACCUCAUACUGUUCUUCGUUUUCGUGUGGUCCAGUUCCCCGAUGGUAGGACCUAUAUAUCUAAUGGAGGAAAGAUUAUCUCGUUAGUAUGGCACAAUUGCUUCUCUG